AUGAAAGUUUUUGGAAGAUUCAAGAGAGAGAUGUCAAAGAACUUCAUGAUGAGCGAUCUCGGCAUGCUCAACUAUUACCUCGGCAUCGAAAUGCAACAGAAUACUGCCGAUAUCACCAUCUGCCAAAGUGCGUACGUGAAGAAGCUACUAGACACAGCUGGACUAGUGGACAGUAACCUUACAAGAACACCAAUGGAGGCUCGGCUCCAGCUAAGAAAGGUCGGCACUACGACGGCAGUCGACUCCACCAAUUACAACAGCGUUGUUGGGAGUCUGCGCUAUUUGGUUAACACACGCCCUGACUUUGCUUAUUCCGUUGGAUACGUGACCGAAGCUAGAGGCUUGGGUGUGAGAUACUACGCAGGGAGAGGAAAGGAGAAGCUUGAGCUGGUCGGCUAUAGUGAUAGUGACAUGGGCGAUGACGUUGAUGAUUAUAAGAGCACCAACGGGAUGAUUUACUUCCUCUCAGGCGGCGCGAUCUGCUGGCAAUCAACUAAGCAAUAG